AUGACCUUCUACAUCUUCAACCGCAAGGGGCGCUGCCAGUACUACCACGAAUGGCAGCGGCUCAAGCCGGUGAGGCAGGGCGCAGGCAGCCAGGAGGAGGACUUCAAGCUGAUGUUUGGCCUGUGCUGGUCCAUGCGCGCACUGGCCACAGCCAUAGACCCCAAAAGCCCCAGCAUGAAGCAGAUGGGCGCGCCGAUGCGCAUCGGGGACGGCUGCUCCUUCAAUUCCAUCAAGACCUCCUCCUUCAAGCUGCAGUUUCUAGAGUCGCCCUCUGGCCUCAAGGCAAGCUGGCGCAUGCCUGGCAGCGGCGGGCAGCCAUGCUGGGGAGCUGGAUGUUUUGUGCUGACGACAGACCCCAGCGUGGGCAGCAUGGUGGAGCAGCUGCAGUACAUUUAUGCCUCUCUGUUUGUGGAAUUGGUGGUCAAGAACCCGCUCUACACCCCUGGGGAGCCCUUCCUGUUUGAGCCCUUUUCGGCGGCGCUGAACAAGUACAUGCGGGCGCUGGGUCUGCUGUCGUGA